GCGUGUCUUCCUGGCCUCCAACAUUCCUGAUGUCUGCUUUCGGCAACAAUAGCAUAAAGCCGUCGAAAUUAUGACUGUAACGGACGUGCAAAAUCAGUGGAGUUCGUACGGCUUGCACUUCGAUCGGGCGAAGCAAGGCGCGGAGGAAACCGAGGAAACGUCAGAAAAAUCGAAUUUCCAUGUCAGUCGUGGCUGAGGCGGCGUGGCGCGAGCACCGCGCACACAGCGCCCGCGCGGUCGCUGCACCGCUGCUAACGACCAACCGCCGCGAUCUUCCAAAAGUUCCAAAUUCGAAACGCGCCAUUUUCAAAUCCUCGUUCUGUGCUCAAAGUGGUGUGUUCUCUUUUCAAACCGCGCUUUAUGGUCGGCUAAUUAACGGAUUAUGGGUUUGGCAAAGGCGGUACCUAUAGUGGGUCAGUUUGUCACCCGACCAUAUAAAUUCGUGCUUUUAUUAAAAGGGUGCGAGCAAAAGUGAUUGUAAGCAAUAACAUGUAUUACGGAGGAGUAUUGACAAGUGAAGUUAAACAAGUGGGCCGGCCAUGAAACAGAGACACCUAGUGGAAAGAAGCGUCAGAUGGCAGGUGUCGAAGAACCAGAGACUGCGUCUUGAUAUCCGGAACGAAACCUGAGUGACAAAAAGAAAUCACAACUACCUAUAUAAACUUUAAAAAAAUCUAAAUACUUAACGCCAAAUUGCGCUUGCUUCCAUUAAUUCUCUCUCGCAAACAUAUCGUAAACUAAGAUAAACUAAUCGACCACUAAAUAGUUCAAUUAGUUGUAAAUUAAUAUAACUAUAUAGUUUUGCGCCUUUCUUGUGUGCCUACUUUAAACGAAUUCUAAAGCAUUAAAAAGUGAGAUUAAGAAAAUUGAAUACUGUGAUGGUACUGAUAUAAGAGUGAUACUGAUGUUUGUUGUGUAAAUAAUAGUUAGUCAAACUAAAUUCAAAAUAAAUUAAUAGAAAACUAGAAAAGAAGUAACUAAAAUAGUCGCGCUAGUCGUAGUGUUAGAAUUGAAAGUUGGAAAACGAGUGAAAAACUAACGUUGUAACGUUGUUUGUAACGUUGCGAAAAACGGUCGCUGUUGCCUGCGGCUGAGUCUUUGCCAGAGGUCCCGGUAGGCCACAAAACUGGCAAGUAUGCAGGCAGCACUUAUGCUAAGAUCGAAAUCGCGGGAGAGAAGGAAACAGCGUCUCAAGAGAGGGAUCAAGCACGAACUGCCGAGCAAUGUCGCGACGAAGUCGAUCGCACCCUUCCCGAGAUAUCCUCCUGCUUCAUGGUGCGCGGCUGGGCGCGCGGCGUGGCAGGAGGCGGCGGCGGUAUCUGUGGGCGGGGGUGCGGCGGGCGCGGGGGGCGCAGCGCGGCGCUGCUCUGUGCUGGGAGACCACCCGGGCGCCAGGAGGGACCCGAGAGCCAAGUGGCACAGGAACAACCGGGUGCGAGAUGCCUCUUACGGUUCAUCGUCAGAGUCAGACGGAGAGGCGGAGGGGGCACCAGGGGAGCCCUGGGGCGUCGCCAGACUGCUGUACGCUGGCCUCGGCACCUUGGCCUUGGGGCUGGUCGUCUAUUUCGUCGGAACCGGAGACAAGGGUUUCAAAACUCCAGCGCUGCGGCUGGUGGGCCCGUCGCUCAUCAUCGCCGGCCUGGCGUGCUGUCUACUGCGUAUCGCCUUUUGCAUAUUUGCCAAGCCUUGCUGCCGACGGCGGACCAAUUACAAGGAGAGCAGAAGACUGUCCGGAUGCGGGGAGGGGGAGGAGAUGCCGCUGGCGGGCGGCGGGGUGGGGGGACAACGGGCUGGGCCGGCCCAAUGUUCCCCCGCGCGACGUCUGGACGCGUCCUCAUGCGAUGUGUCCAGUCUCUCCAGCGGGGAAGAAGACGAAAGGCUCAGGAGGUACCGUACUGCCUCCGCGCCGUCGCACCUCUCCGUGCCACCGUCCUCGUUGCCACAGAGCGCAACCCAGCAGAAAGCGUCCCCCCUGGCCGUGGCGCCGCAGCCGAGCCCAGCGCUCCAACAAAGCGCGUCCCAGCCGAGCGCGAUGCAAAGCGCGAUGCAGGGCUCCGCCCCCCGCCGCCCUCCACCGCGCAACGUCUCCUUCGCCGGCGGCACCGACGGCGAGCUCGUCCUCAGCCCGGCACAGCUCCGCUCCUAACCCACAAGCAAUAAACAGACGCAAUACCUCUUUUCUACGCCACCGGACGAUUAAAAUCAAAUCGCCACAUGUGAUAGCGUGAACUCAGUGAUUUUUUCUAUACGAUAAGCUACGAUCAUUUGCACGUUUGGAUAUUCUCGCAAGCGAUAUUUGUAAUUAAUUUAAGUAUACUUUGCUAGUUUUAACUUCGCCGUCUGGAUGACUCAGUAUUGUGUGGGCUAAGCCAAAAUGUUUGUACCAUGUGACUAGUCUCAGCUCGAUAUCACGAAUAUGAAGUGAAUCAAGACUGAAUUGUGAUUCAUCUAUUCGGAGUUGACAACCAAUAGAGGAAUAAAUAAAUAGAGUGAUUUCGAGCACAAAUUAGUACUUAUAAGUACUUAUAUGAAUGCUACAGUUCUUACUAGACAGCACGCUGGAUUACGAUUAUUUAGACUUGCCGAACAAUGGACAGUUUUCAUCUGACAAAUAUAAGGCUAUACUAUAUCUACAGUAUAGUAUUGAUAGCUCACAAAGAGGCAAUACAUUAUAUUAGCUUCAACUAUUGAUCGGCACAUCGAAAUUGUAGCUCCAUUUUCAUAAAUAUCAGAAACUGCUAUUGAUGAAUUUCCAUGUAUUUACAUGUAAUUUAUAUAUUUUAAUAUUAUGAAAUAAAAAUACCUAUAAUGUAAUUAUUUUGUUUUUACAUAUAUUUCUUUUAUAUUCCUCAUUCUUUCGAAGCAAAAUAUUUUAGAACUAUAGGACACUUAGCCGAUGAUGAAAGUAUAAAAGAAAAAAAAACGAUAUUCUGUAAAUUUUGGCCGAAUCUGUGUGUGCUGUCUCUAGGCUAUAUAUUCAUCCGUGUCUACAGUUUUAAAUGCGUAGUUGAGCAAAUAUCGAGGAGCUUCCAGACCAAUUUCUAGGUAUAGGUACCAUGUUUUGCUAAUUGUCGGCUAAUGGUCUGUCUAACUCUAUCUACGGGAGAAAGUAAUGGAGAAACCAAAGAUAUUUUUGUGUAAUAAGUAUUAAAAUAAAAAUUGGAUAAAUACUUUGAAAUUGUUCGUGUUCUAAUCCAACUAAAAGCACUAAAUGACGUCAUGAUUUUUUAAAUCGAAUUUCAAUUUAAAAUUGGGUGAGAAUUAGGAACAUUCGUCAAACAUAACUUUUAUAAGUGUUUAGCACAAAAAUAUACUCUAUUUCUGCAUUACUACCCUUAAUAUCCUAUAACUCGUGUCAUAAAGUAAGGAUCUAACUACGUAGCGUUUUAAACUCAAUGUGCUAGAUACGUCCGUCUUGAGCCAACCAGUAGACUAACUAGCUACGAGAUGUGACUUAUUGAAAAAAUAUAUCUUACUCCAGAAAAAAUAAUAAUUAAAUAGUUAUUAUUUUUCAAUUUUACCACUGCUUAUUAUUAGAUAAUUGUUCAAGUAUUGUUCACAAGAAAAAAUAAUGGUAAUUUGUUUGAAUCCAUUUUAUUAAAUGAAAAACAAUUUUCAUAAAUAAAAAUGAGAAGUAAUUUGAAAAAAAAAAGCAAAUGAAAAAACACAGAAAAGGAUAUUUUUCUCAUAAAACCACAUCUUGUCGCAGUGAAAAAGUAAAUAGAGAUUUUAAUAUACCUAAACAUAAUUGUGUUAAACUGCCUACUACUAGACGCGAAUUUAUAUUUAAAUAUAAAAAAAACAUAAAAAUAGAUUUAUAACUGACAAUAAUGAUUGUUAACUGAUGUAUAAAAAUGUUAUAUGCGUAUGAAAGUUGAUUUUAUUUUAAUUAUGUCCAAAAAUUUUGAGUAGUUCAAGCGCCGAGUGUGAAAUAAAAAAGAACACAUGAGUAUAACUUAAGAAAAAUGUUUGCAUAAUGAUUCAGUUGAAAUUUUUCAAAACGAACUUAUAAAAAAAUAGUGAAAAAUGUGAACUGACCCUCAAAUACUAUAUAGUAUUAAAAAUAAAAUAUUUUUGCAGGCAUGUCAGUGUGCUGUAAAGCCAAGCUGAAACUCCUAACUUGGCGUAUGAACUACGGAUAGACACCAAAGAUAUUAUAUUAUACAUACUUAGCUAAAUACUUAAAGGGUUGGUGUAUAGCGUGAUACUGUCUAACAGUAUAAUAAUGUUUUUAUGUGUAAGUAAAUAUAGAAAUUUAACAAUACUACAUACGUGUGUGUUAUGCGUGCAUUGUAUAUGGCACAAAUAGUAAAUACCGUUUAUAUAAUAUUAUAUAUUUUAGAAAUAUUUGCACCUUUAGUAGAAAAAUAUUAUAUAUAUCUGCAUAUUUUCUAGAAUACGAUAUUUAUAAAACACUUUUUGAGAUAAAGUGAUUAAACACGUUUCGAUUUAUGUUUCUAUAAGACGAAACAGAGAAUAUGUACCUAUUGUAAAAGUUUUUGAUUAGUUUUUGUCAAUUAUACCUUUGUAAUCAGAUUAAUGUAGUUAUUUUGGUAUUAUUUAAGUCUAAGAAUGGUCAAUUACUUAUUGGUUAUUUUUGAAAUAAGAUUUUGAAAUUUAGCUUCAUUUUACAACCUGUCUUGAUAAUAUCAAUGCACAAAAUAAAAUAAAAACUAAUAGAAAAUAUUUAUUUAAGAACAAUGUUGACGUGUAAAUACCACGAUAUUAAGCUGAUAAUAUACAAAGUUAUAUUGAAUUAGGCAAACCUAUAUAUUUCAAUGCAGUCUGACAUGUCAACAGAAGUUCCUAUACAAUUUUUUUUCAUUCACUAUAUAAAAUUAUAAGCACACAAAAUACAUAUACUAAAUCGUAAUAAAAAUCGGUAAAUAUUUCAAAAAAAUAUAAGUGUUAUUUACAAGAGAUUAAAGUAAUAGACGUACAUAACGUAAAUAGAUGUUAAGAAAAAUAUGAGCUUCGUUUAGACUAACUGGCUUAUGUAACAAAGUGUUGUGUGACUAACGAAAUAGACAAAAUUUAAAACAUUAUCACCGUCAUUUUUUCAUCUAUAUUUCAUUUGUAAAAAUCUCUAUUCAAUACUAUUUUGUACUGUCUGUUUGUUAAGAAGCGGUAUAUGAAGUUGAUUUUCGCAUUUGAUCCAAGCGCACAUAUAUUGGUGACAGGGUUUAUUUAUUUUUGUCUAUCAGCAGGCGAAUUUUCAUUUAGCGUAUGUCAUUGACCGUAACUGUCGGUGGUUAAGGGACAAAUCUCCUAUUUUAUGAAGGGAAAUUCGUCUGCUUCUUUACUUAAUCUAAGAUAGAUGAUUUUAUACAAAAUGUAAAGUAACGCCACACUAACUUCACGCUCUUGCCAGAGACACCAAGAAAUUGAUUUCAAAGCUGUGAGACAUAAUAGGCUAUUUAAAUUAGAAUCAUUUACUAUGCAAAAAUGCCAUGCACCAAUAAGUAAUUUUACUAAAAUUUAAUUAUUUUCAAGAGCUGAAAAUAAUUAUCAUCAAUUUUUUUUAAAUUUUUAAUAACACAAUAUUGAAAAAAAAAACGAAUACUACUAUUUUUGCAUUACGUGCUUCCAUUUAAGCUUGCAUAAACGUUGCUUUUUCAUGUUUCCUACAUAAUACUGGUAAGUUUAACUCUUAAUAGUUUAUUUGAUAAGCGUAAAUUUAAGUUUCAGGGCCUAAUUACGCUAUGAUUUGACAUGAACUUUUCUCAUUAUGGUUUUACACAAUAUGAUGCAGUCUUAGGUACACAAAUUUUUUCGACUGCAGACCUAAGUUUAAGAAACCUAUAUCUCUGUUAAAAAUAUUUGAUUAUUUUAUAGAUUUUUAUAAUUUUAUCAGAUAAAAGAUUAACUUUUUUCAUUGAAAAAUGGUCAUAUAUUUGCUUCAGAGUACUGUACAAUGUUCAGAGUACUCUACACUGUUGAGGUGAUCCUAAAACACAUAUAAAUCAGCCUUUUCGUUUCAUUUUCUCGUCAUAGUAUAUUCAAAGCUAGUUGUGAAAAAAAUGCAGUUAGAAAAUAAUCUAUUCAAAAUACGGAAGGAAAGUAAAAAUACGAACUAUAAAAAGAAAAACACGAUGUCAAAACAUAGCGAAUUUGUACAUAGUGUUCAGUAACAAUAAUAAUAAUAAACAAUAAAUUUUGAAGCUAGAGUGCAGUGCAGUUAUUCGAAUAUAUUUUUAACUUAAUUUUUUAUAUUCAAUGUACAGUUAUUUAAUAAUUAAUAAAAAAGAUAGAUCUUUUUUUAUAGGGAAAAUAAAAAUAAUUAAUCUAUUUAGUUUAGUUCAGUUAAAUAAAAAAAUUCUGUAGACCGAAUUUCUGCAAAGCACGCUAAAUUCAAAAUUGAUAUUUUUUCAUUCAAAUAACUUGCGUUGACCAAUGUACAUUAAGUUGAAAAUAAUAAAUUGUAGUUAUCAAUAGUUAAGCAUAACUGGGCGUAUUUAACAGUUCCUUUUAAGUAAAAUUUAUUAAAAUUGCCUUUAAAAUAUAUAAAUAUAAUUUUAAGAUUAUUGCGUGUUUUAGAAAAGGAAAGGUUGCUUUUAUUAAAAUGAUUUUAAUGACGAGUUAUGUAUUUUUUGCGGGUGUAAAAAGAAUAACUUGAAGUUAUAAUGUAACAUCGAAAACGUGUGUGUAAAUUUUUCUUUCUUUUAAGAUUGCUGUACCUAAUACAUAUUGGCGGUUGAGAAUGAUCACUGUGAUUUAAAUGUUAUUUAAAGUGUUGAAACGAAAUUUAAAAUAAUUUAUUUGUUAUUUUUUGUUAUUACGUAAAACGGAGAUUAGCGCUCAAAAGUUAUAAAAAUAUAUAUAAAUAGGGUUUUGUAACGUAUAAUGAUGGGUGGAAUGUAACAUUGAUAGUUUUAUUGCGUUUUGUAAAUAUUUAAUUAAUGCCAUACCCCGUACAGUUCAUCGUUUGUAUUAUUUAUAGGCAUUGGUGCAUAUCAUGUGUGUAGGAGCAGAUGAUUAAUCAAAUAAAUUAGAAGGUGAAUAGUUGAUAAAUGCGUUUCAUUUUAAACAUAAUUUAGGUAUAUACAUAUGUACGCAAAUCCAUUUACUAGUUGGGUGUGUUCCUGACUUUUGGGAAGCAACUGGGAAAAUAUUGGGAAUA